CGACCCCCGGGAUCCCAGCGAGGAGGCGGCUCGCGGCACGGGCCCCUCUCCGGUCCCCGGUUUUGAUCGCGCCAGAUCGAGGGGCGAAUCCGGCCGGGAAGCCCUCCGGCCCCGGCCGCGAGCCGUCGCUCUCCGUCGGGCCUCCCGGACGGUCCCGGUCGCCCCGGCGCGGCCCGGCCGAGGGAGGCGGAGAUGGGCCUGCCGCUGGUGCUCUUCCUGCCUCUGGUGCUCUUGGCCGGGAGCGGCGUCCUCUUCAUCUACCGGCAGGUGUCCGGGCUGUGGGCCAGGUCGGCCGUCCAGAACCGGGUGGUGGUCAUCACCGACGCCACGUCGGGCCUGGGGAAGGAGUGUUCCCGCUUGUUCCACGCCGGCGGGGCGAGGCUGGUGCUGUGCGGCCGCGACUGGGAGAAGCUGGAGGAGCUGUGCGAAGCGCUCCGCGGCGUCGCCGAUCCGAGCAAGACCUUCCCCCCGAGGCUCGUCUUCCUGGACCUCUCGGACAUAAACUGCGUCCAGGAUGUAGCCAAGGAGGUGUCGGACUGUUACGGCUGCGUGGACGUCCUCGUCAACAACGCCAGCGUGAAGCUGAAAGGGCCGGUCCAGAGCCUCUCCCUGGAGCUGGACAAGGAGAUCAUGGAGGCCAACUACUUCGGGCCCAUCACGCUGACCAAAGCUCUGCUUCCCGGCAUGUUGUCCCGUAGGACCGGCCAGAUCGUCCUGGUGAACACCGUGCAGGGGAGAGUGGGGCUGCCCUUCCGCACGGCCUACGCGGCCUCGAAGCACGCCGUCCUGGGCUUCUUCGACUGCCUGCGGGCCGAGGUGGAAGAGUUCGACGUGGCGGUCAGCACCGUCAGCCCGGCCUUCGUCCGCCCCGCCGGGCCCCGGCCGGGGACCCGGGACGGCCCCGUCCGGAAGCUCUUCUUCAGGAAGCCGGCCUACGGGUCCCACCCGGCGGACGUGGCCGAGGAGGUGAUGCGCGUCGUCCGCGGGAAGAGGCCGGAGGUCCUGCUGCUCGACCCCCUGCCCCGGGUCGCCCUCUACGUCCGCACCCUCCUGCCCGACCUGUUCUUCGCCGUGACGGGCCGCGGGGUCGAGGACCGGCCGAGCGCCCCGCGGGACGGGUGACCGCCUCGCCCGCCCCGACGGAACCCUUCCGGACGGGCCCCGACGGCGCGUGCGGUCGCCACGGACGAAUAACGACGUGGGUGUUGGCUAAGCUGCGCCGAGCGCCGUUCCGAGCGCGGCGCGGGGGCGAGUGAGUCGGAGCUGGGCGACCGCGGGCCGGUCGCUUCGCUUCCCUGGGCCUCGGUUCCCUCAUCUGGAAAAUGGGAUUUAACAUCCGACCCCCAUCGCCCUGUACCGACCCCGGCGCUCGGAACGGCGCUCGGCACCUAGUGAGCGCUUAACAAAUACCAACGUUACUAGUCCCCGUUAAGUAUCCGUAAUAACGUUGGCGUUCGCUAAGCGCCCGCCGGGUGCCGAGCGCCGUUCUGAGCGCGCGGCACGUAGCGGGCGCUUACUAAAUACCAACGUUAUU